GCUUUUCCUUCAUCGUCUCUCAGCCCAUAACUGCUUGAUACCUGAGUUGCUCUCCCCAACGUCAACCACGUGGUUUGUCACUUUGACUUGACGACAGGUGUUUUAUUUUGAAGGACGCAGAGAGGACGUUUUGGCGUCAUUAAACAACGAAACACGUCAAGUUGGACGAGGUGCGGCUACACGCACCGGGAAGUCAGGUAUGGCAGGAUCUGCAGGACCGACUCACCAAACCAGGUCCAAAUUGAAGGGAACCAUUGUGUCCAAAUUCAAGCACCAAUUCAUUCACUCUUCAUAUGCAGCAUGAGAUGAAUCGGUGAAUAGAAAAAUAUUUCCAAACUGAUCAGGGCACGGCCGGUGAAAGAUGAAGCGAUUGCUGUCGCCCAGAUAUCAAGCGCCGCUGCUGAAGCUCUGCCUGGUCCUGGGUGCCAUGUGGCUGCUGCUCUCUCUCUUAAACGCAGGGAAGAACCUGAUUUUCCUGCGAUCCUACAGCACUUUGAACUACACGGACGAAUGUCUGGAGAAGGACUGCAGCUGUUCUGCCAUCCUUGAAGGUGAUAUGGAGGCGGUGGCACAGGCCAAACUACUCACCAUCGUCACUGAGUUCCGCAAGAAAAUCCACAUCCCAGACGAGUAUUACAUCAAGGCGACCAACGACUGCAUGAAAUUUAAGUUGAAGAGAAAAUACUUUACGUUCCCUCUGAGUAAGGAGGAGCAGGACUUUCCCAUCGCUUACUCCAUUGUUGUUCAUCAUAAAAUGCAGAAUUUUGAGCGACUGCUCCGUGCGAUCUACGCGCCACAGAACUUUUACUGCAUUCACGUUGACCAAAAAUCCCCUCCCUCCUUCUGGGCUGCGGUGAGCGCAGUUGCGUCUUGUUUUCCGAACGUCUUCCUGGCGAGCCGGUCAGAGAGUGUGGUCUACGCCUCGUGGUCACGCGUGCAGGCGGACAUUAACUGCAUGGAGGAUCUCUAUCGCGCCAGCUCCAAAUGGAAAUAUUUCAUCAACCUUUGCGGCCAGGACUUUCCUCUGAAGACCAACUUGGAGAUGGUGAGAGUGUUGCGUACUCUGAACGGAAACAACAACUUGGAGUCAGAGAGGAUGCCGCCGAAUAAGCUGUGGAGGGUGAACAAAGUCCACAGGGUGGUGGAUGGUAGAAUACAGCCGACUACCUUGGCAAAAGGGCUGCCACCUUUCAACGUGACAAUCUUUUCCGGCAACGCAUACAUCGUGGCCUCUCGAGGAUUCGUCCGCAGCGUGUUGGAGGACGAGCGUGUCAUGGCCGUGAUGGAGUGGGCCAAAGACACCUUCAGUCCCGAUGAGAUUCUGUGGGCCUCAAUACAACGAAUGGCGGGUGUGCCUGGCUCAAAGUGGCCUCAUGUCAAAUACGACAUGUCAGAUCUCAACGCGGUUGCUCGACUGGUGAAGUGGCGCUCACUAGAGGGGCCACAAGGCUCCAGUGCGUCGGUGUACCCCAUUUGUCGUGGCACCCAUGUCAGAGACAUCUGUGUGUACGGUGCUGGAGACCUGCAGUGGCUGAUACAGCAGCAUCACUUUUUCGGCAACAAGUUUGACAUUGAUAUCGAUGCUGUUUCUAUCUACUGCUUGGAAAAGUACCUGAGAAAUAAGGCCCUGGCUGAGUCUUUGUAGCCUCCCUGAUGACAUCUUAAGCUCAAUUUACACCAGACUCAUGUCAAAUCUGAUGGUCUGAGUUGAGUUUUGUUGAAGCUCGAAACCACCACCCCUGCUCACAGCUGGGAGACACUCCAGACACGCUGCUGGCCUAAACUGGGCUUUACUGAAAAGUGAAGGAGCGACCUCAGACAAUCAGCUGUUGAACAAAGACGUCAGUGUCAAUACGGUGAUGAAAGUGUUGGGACUCAGCAUUAGCUUUCCAAACUCCCCAAAGACAGUGAAGCACUUACUGGAAAGAAACAAAUGCUGCGUCUCCAGUGGCGCUCUCUGCACUCGAUAGACUCCAGACACGCUCUCAGGGAGAUCAGCCGUGCCACAUUGUGUGGUUUGUACGGAUAGGUUUUAUAGGACAUUCUUCA